AGGCUUAGAAAAUAUAAAAUACGAACAUAAACCUUAUUAUGUGGUAUUUGAAUGAAAUUGUUGCAGGGGUGACUAUAGUUUUUUUCUUUCCCAAUAUAAAUAUUAAUUUAACUAAUAUCAGUGAGGUAACAUUUUGAAGCCAAGGCUUUAUGUCAACCUGAAAAAAAAAAAAUACUAUUUUACCGAUAAAAAUGCAAGGUUUUGCCCUCUUAUUACACGCCUGGUUUGGGAUAACAAGGGAGCUAUGUUAAUUAAGUGUUAUCCCCUCCCCCCACGGGACAUUUCCCCAAGUACCUCCUGACCCGUUUUUCCAAACACAGAGAAACGAGUUGUCAGACGGUGCCUUGAAAAAGAAAACAGUCUCUAUUGUUCCAGCAAACCGCUCUCUAGCAGCUCUCUGUGUGUACUGCUGCUUGGCUUGCAGCUUGCAGUGCCGCCUGUGGCCACAGAGGGCGCUGCACGCAUGGGAUAGAUCCGGGGCUCCGCGGCCUUCACAUCUUUUUGUCUGAGAACUGGAUCCCUUCUGCCGCUCUCUCUACAACACAGUGUGCGCCGAUAGCCCUCUCGGAGCCUUGCGUCCGUUUAAAACACACUGUCAGAACCACUCCAAAAACGCGAAUACUACCGCCGACCACAAAGCAUGCCGCAGUAAUUCGAAUCUGAAUCGCUUUUUGUGACUGGGAACUUGGGUUUUUUUGAAUCGCGUUUUUCUCUCUGUGUGUGUGUGUGUGUGUGCAUCAGUCUUUAUUAGCAAAAAAAAAAACCCCGCUCUUCUUUUUCUCCCAGGCUUAUUUCUUCUUUAACUUUUUAAACACUCAGCUUCGCGAAUGACUGAGCGCCGGCGGAGUAUUAUGGGUGUCUUGGUGUCUUAAAGGACGUGCGACUUGGAAGAAGUGAAGAGGAUUUUAACCGUAUUUUCUGCAUGCAAAAACAAUGGCAAAUUCGACGGGGAAAAAUCUACUAGAUCAGCGGAGGAAAGGACAGGCUUUCCUGGACGAGCUGCGGCAAUUUCACCAAAGCAGAGGAUCGCCGUUCAGGAAGAUUCCUAUCGUGGGUGGCAAAGAGCUGGACCUGAAUGCUCUGUAUAUCAGAGUCGUCGCUUUAGGUGGAUUUGCUAAGGUCUCAGACAAGAACCAGUGGAUUGAUCUUGGGGAAGAGUUUCACUUGCCGAGGAGUUGUUCCAACGCUGCAUUUGCUUUAAAACAGUACUACCUUCGAUACUUGGAGAAGUAUGAGAAAGUCCACCACUUCGGCGAGGACGAUGAAGAAGUGCAGCCGGGGAAUCCCAAAGUCUCUCUUCCAAUCGGUGCAAUUCCCAGCUCUUAUAACUACCAGCAACACAUUGUAUCAGACUAUCUCCGCCAAAGCUAUGGACUGUCGUCGGAUUUCGUUCCGCCGUGCGACUACAACAAACUGGUGCUGUCUCUCCUUUCGGGCCUACCCAACGAAGUGGACUUCGCUGUCAACGUUUGCACUCUGCUCUCCAACGAGAGCAAGCACGCCAUGCAGCUGGACAAGGACCCCAAACUGGUCACGUUGCUGCUGGCCCACGCCGGCGUCUUCGACGACUCGCUAGGCAGCUUCUCCGGGGUAUUCGGGAUGGACUGGAAGGAGAAAACCUCCCGGGACUUUGUCAGGUUCUGGAAAGAGGUGGUGGAGGACGUUGAAGUCAGGGAGCUGAUCUGGGACAAAAACAGCCCAGCACAAGAUGGUACGUCGUGCCAGGAGCGAUGGCAGAGCCUCUUCCACCCGCCGCGGAACUCGGGUAUCAGUGACAUGGAGGCCCAGCGGGUGCUGCAGGUCGCCGUUAUCCUGCGGAACCUCUCCUUCGAGGAGGCCAAUGUCAAGCUGCUGGCGGCCAACCGAACGUGCCUGCGCUUCCUUUUGCUCUGUGCCCACUGUAACCUCAUCUCACUCCGACAGCUUGGACUUGACACGUUGGGCAACGUGGCUGCCGAGCUUCAGCUGGAUCCUGUUGACUUUCGGACGACUCAUCUGAUCUUUCACACCAUCACCAAAUGUUUGAUGUCCAGGGACCGGUUUCUCAAAAUGAGAGCCAUGGAAAUCCUGGGCAACCUCAGCAAGGCCGAGGACAACGGCGUGCUCAUCUGCGAGUACGUGGACCAGGACUCGUACAGGGAGGUAAUAAUGCUCCUCACCCUGCCUGACCUCAUGCUCCUCAUGGCCUCCUUGGAGGUGCUGUACCUGCUGGCCCAGCUCGGAGAGAUACCCUGCAGCAAGAUCGCCUCCGUCGACCACAGCAUAGACCUGUUAGUGCGGUUAGUAUCGGUCGACCUUCACACGUUCGGACCCGACGCCCUGACAGCGGUGCGGUUGAUCGAGCACCAGGCCAGCGCCGACCAGGCGGCCGAAGUUCGACCACAGCUGGUGGAGCAGGUGCCUGCGGCCGUGCAGGGAGCAGCAGCGCCUGUAACGAGGGUCGCGGUUCAAUCCACUCAAACACCACCUGGUAUUGUUGAACUAGAUGGAGAAAAAUUCACACUGCAGUGGCUAAACGCACACUUUGAGACGAACGCCGAGGGCUCUGUGUCUCGAUCAGAUAUGUACUCGGAGUACCUGGCCACCUGCAGUAAAAUGGGACGAAGCAACAUCUUGAACUCUACCGGCUUCCUCAAAUGUCUGCGGACCGUGUUUCCCAGCCACACAAUGCGACGGCAAGAGGAGCCCAAGGCCAACGGGCAGGUUCAGAUCCUCCUGGUCGGGCUGAGGCGCCGGUCAAUCCCACUGCCCAUCCAGCUGUACUACCAGCAGCCUCAGCAGCAGAAUCCGGCAGCAGUUGUGACACCUCCAGCAGCGCCUGGAGACCCUCAGGCCCCGCCUCCAGGCUUACCUCUCGGGCCUCCCGGUCUUGGACCCCAGUUUGUCCGGGUCAUGGGCCCCAGCACCACUGGUUCCGCCCCACCCAUGGCCACGACUGCACAGGAGCAUCCUCACUCAAGCCACCCGACUGUUCCCCGUCACCCGGCGGCCCCGCAGGUGUCUCCACAGUUACCGCCGAAUCCUCUGGUGGCAGCGCUGCAGCAGCAACAGGUCCGACCCGGUCUGGUGGUGCAGAUUCCGACGUCGGCGACGGCCACCCAGAACCACAGCCCCCAGAACCCCGCCGCUGCUCUGCAACACUCCCCCAUGCUCCCCACGGGGACGCCCGUCACGCUAUUUCAGCAGGUACCGCAGGGCCACAUCCUCACCGCCAGGGUGCAAGGCGUGUGCCCCCCGAUCGCCCAGCACCCGGCCCUGCCUCAAACCCCUCCUCUGUCUGGAGCCCACCAGGUGGAGCCUCAAUGUGCGGCGGCGACGCCCUCUUCUUCCAUCCAGGCGGGUGGUCCGGUGUUGAGUAUCGCGGGCGUGGCCCAGGGGUCACGCGUCACAUUUCAGAAUAUCGCCCCCAAACCAGCGCCAAACCAGUCGGGCGGACCGACCGCCACGAUAGCCACUCCCAACCAGCAGCCUCAGCAGCAGGCGCAGAGUGUCGUAAUAGUCAGCCCCAACCCCCAGCCGAGCUCGGGCUACAGCCCCGCCAUACACCAGAUCGUUCUUGCCAACCCCUCCGCCAUUCCCGGCGCCCAGACUAUUCAGAUAGCAGGGCAGCCCGGAGCUGCUUCCAGCCCCUGCCCGCCCCCCGCGUCUCACUCCAGCACCCAGCCCAAUCAAACUGUCAGCCACGCACUGUCCAUGAAACGGCACCACCAACAGCAGCAUCAACAACCGCUCCAACUUAUCUCCCAACCUCCUCCCUCUCAGCCUACCUCCACCGAGUCCAGCUUGAUCAAACAGCUACUGCUUCCAAAGCGAGGGCCUUCUACCCCGGGGGGGAAGCUCAUCCUACCCGCUCCACAGGUGCCCCCUCCCAACAGCACGCUAUCCCCCAGUCCGCAGGUCAUCUACCAGACGAGCUACACCACCCAGAACCCCUCUCCUCAGCCUCAGCAGCUCAAUGUCCAGCUGGUUCCUGGUCAGCUUCCUGCUGCAGGAGCCCCGGCCCUCCAGACGGUGCAGCUGUUGCCGGGCCAGCUCAUUUCCACAAGUAGCUCAGGGGCGGCUACCAUCAUCCAGGGCCCCACGGCAGCUGGACAAGUCACGUUCACCGUGGUCCCCAACACUGGCUUCACCACCUCUACCGCUGCUGUUGUGAGCCAGGGUGCCGUGGCUCCGGGAGUUCCCCCUCCUCAGUUCUCUACUGCAGCGCCCCACCACGCUGCUGCAGCUCCACCACCGCCACCACCACCCCCACCUCCACCACCACUGCCGGCUCCCCUCAGAGGAGACAAGAUCAUUUGUCAAAAGGAAGAGGAGGCCAAGGACGCCACGGGGCUGCACAUCCACGAGAGAAAAAUAGAGGUGAUGGAGAACUCGUCUUUGGCAGAAGGAGACUCCAACGGCAAAACCAGUAAUGGCGAUGUCGCGGCGGGUGCCAAGCUGCUAAACGGUCGGAAGUGCAUGGAGUCUAAUCUACCUCCAUACCACUCAGGGAACAGCCAGGGGGCACUCAACGGCCCGGCUACGGAGGGUCACCCUGCGAAUGGGAAGCAGGCCCUCUCCCCCAGCCUGAACACCCCCCUGGAGGGCAACCCCGACCCCAAAAAGACUCUAGUCAACGGGGUGUGUGACUUUGAUCGGGGUGAUGGCGGUGGCAACUUAAACAAAAACAUUCCAAAUCACAUUGCUUCCAAACAGUACUUGGGGAACGGGGAGGUGGGCCCUUCUGAGAGGAGUCACGGGUCAGACCCCCCUCUUCCCAGUCCUCCUCCCCCCCAGCAGGACACUGCCAAAGCCCAGCAGGCCGAGCGCCUGGCUAACGGACCCCAGGCAGUAGGCAACAGGCCUCCCUCGGAACUAACCAAUGGACCUAUGGGGCCGGCCUUUGCCACGCCCGUGCUUAGACAGCAACUGCUCCCCAACUCCCCCCUCCCCCCCACCGUCACUGUUACCUCCCAGAGUCCCGCAAACGGAGUGGCCUCCGAGCCCCGAGGUCUCAAGAGGCCGGCCGAGAACGAGGACCGCAGCGCGGCGGCGGUGUCCUCGGGGAUCCCCAACAAAGUGGGGGUGCGGAUCAUCACCAUCAGCGACCCCAACAACGCCGGCAGCAGCGCCACCAUGGUGGCGGUGCCAGCGGGAACAGACCCAAGCACAGUAGCCAAAGUAGCAAUAGAGAACGCCACUCAGCAGAGGAACUGCUCGCCCACACUGGCAGCUGGCUCGACGCCUACAGUUACCCCGCCCCCUGUAUCCCAGCCUGCUCCUCACCUCUCAGCACAGCAAAGCCCCGCAGCAGCACCGCCAGAGCAGACCAGGAAAGCAGGGCAGAACUUCAAGUGUCUGUGGCAGUCCUGUAAACGGUGGUUCGAAACGCCGUCUCGGGUGUUUUACCACGCGGCGACGCAACACGGUGGAAAAGGUGUAUAUGGAGGCCACUGUCAAUGGGAGGGGUGUGAACCUUUUCCUCGGCAGAGACUGUCCUUCAUCACGCAUCUACAGGAUAAGCACUGUUCUCGAGAGGCUUUGCUGGCUGGACUCAAGCUAGAGGAGCAGCAGGCGCAAAGUCCCAAUCAGACUUCUUCCCAGACUCCGCCAGCGGCAGGCAGCACUCCGACACCGCGAGCACCGAAAGCAAUCGUGAAUCAUCCGAGCGCAGCUCUCAUGGCCCUUCGCAGAGGCUCUCGAAACCUGGUCUUCAGGGACUUCACUGACGAGAAAGAGGGACCAGUGACCAAACACAUACGACUAACUGCUGCCUUAACGUUAAAGAACAUCGCCAAGCACUCUGACUGUGGUCGCAUGUUGGUAAAGAGGCAUGAGACGCACCUCUCUGUGCUCGCGCUAAGUAACAUGGAGGUUUCCACCACGUUAGCCAAAUGCCUUUACGAACUGACGCGCGCGCUCCAGGCUUAAACGCCAAAAGGACAACCUCUACAAACCCCCCCUCUCUCCUGAGAUGAGAGGGAGGAAGCCACCGGUGAGCCGUAGCGGGGUCUGCAGAGGGGCGGGAGCGUAGGCGGCAACCGGAAACGAAGGCCCUCCUUCUGCCGCUCCCGGCAACCCGGCACCCUCCAACCUCCGACCUCCAACCCCCCCCCUCUCCAUCCCUCACCUCCUUCCUCGCCAACCCGUGUUCAAACACCCCGCCCUCCUCCAUCCACACAAACACACACACAAAAAAAAAGAAACUGCCACGGGGGUCUUCCACCAGCUGCCCACCAGGGGGAGCUCUUUAAGACUGCUUCCCCGAGGGACUCCACCGACGAAACCCCAAACAUGAGCACAUUUUUGUUUUCUGUUUUUCUUUUUCUCUUCGUCCCGUGAACUGAUGUGUGCGUUGGAGCGAAUGGCGGUCGACUGAAGAGCACGGAUGGGCGGGGGAGAGAGGGGGCGGGGCUAGGGUCGGUGACGGAGGAGGAGGAGGACUCAGCAGCUGGCAACUGGCGCAGAUCCAUUUUUUUUUUUUUUCUUUAGAAACUUGGUAGCUUGGUUUUCUUACUUGAGUCAAUAUAUUUUCACUUAUUUAUUAUUGAAAUGAAUACCAUUACAAUUAAUGAAAAAGAAUCUUGUAAAUAUGUUGUGAAUAUAUAUAAAGAAGAUCCUCUUUCAUGCCGAUGCAGCCACUGGAGAACUUGCUCUGUGGAGUAAUAGAAGCAUUACUUUGGUAGAAUUGAAUAAAGUAGUAUGUUUGUUUUUGUUUUUUUUUGCUUUUUUUAUGAUCCCUGGUCACUUGUAUCUAAUGUGAUUCUAUACUCAGCAGUGGAUGAAUGUACUUAAAAACCUGUAAAUAAUUCUGCAAAGGUACUGAUGCUGUAAAGCUUAGGGAGGGGGUUAAAAACAGUUUUUUGUGGAACUGUGACAUUUUUUGUAUUAUAAUACCUUGUAGAACUCAUUUUGCUGGCUGAAAGAGUAUGGAAUAAUAUAUCUCAUGUCAUUUUGUAGAAGAAAAAAAAAUAUUGAAGGUAUUCUCUUCCCUUUCUCUUCCCUCACACGCCCCCUUCCCACCCUCAACACGCACACACACAAGUAACAUAUAUCCACUGUAAGCGUUUUGUCAUUGUACGGGCACAGUGCGCGUACCAAAAUUUUUUUGUAUUUGUAAAUUGGUUUAAAUACAUGGAGUUUUUAUACAGGUUUUCUCCUGUGUUCUUUGCUUUACGUGCAGGUAUGAUAUUUUCUUCACUACUUUUUUCUAUCUUAAUAUAGUGUGGAGUUUUAUUGUACUAUUUUUUCAUUCUUAAUACCAUGCCACAUUCCGGCUCACGUCCUCAAGACUGUCCUCUCUACCGUGUGUUGUGUAACAUUUAUGACUGCCUGUCGUAUUAGCAUCUGACCGGGGCGAACCCAACCAUCCUCAUUUCUGCGGUGUCAGUAGGAUGUGUGACUAUACAUAGACCUAACAGUCUGUUAGAGAUUGGCUUUAUUUACUUUGGUGACUGUUUAUAGUUUUUAAAUAAAACACUGAACAUUUUG